UUUAUGUGUGUAAUAUUUAUAGUUGAUUGGAAGUGUGUUGCUAUUAAAGGUGCAGAGUUCAGCGCAAAUAAAUUUUUGUGUGAAUUAUUAAUUUGUUGUUACAACACGGAGUUUUGUUGUAUUUUUGGUUGCUUCAGUUCGUAUUUGUUGCAAAGUGCAGCAGUGUGCUCAGUGUUGGCAGCGUUUUGACCAGUUUCUUUGGUCUUAAGCCUUUUGUGUUUUUGUUAGCGCGUUGUGUUGUUGCGGUCUAGUGUACGAUUAUGUCACUUUUUUCUUAAGCGUUUGCAGUGUUCUUGCGAGCGAGCGCCUAAUAAUAAUCAAAACAGGCAACAGAAUACAAAUAUAAUACUAAAAAUAUAGCAAGCGAUUAAUGAUUGCGCGUUGUAAGAAAAGCGAAAACAAUAACAAAAUCAAUGAAAACAUACAAGCGUUGUUGCUAACAAGCGUUUAUGUAGUAGUUGCGUAAAUUUUGUGAUUUUGUAGAAGUGGUGAAUGUCUGUGCGCGAAGUGGGAACAAGUGAAUCACAACAAAAAUCAGCUGCUGAGCAAUGAAGCAAUAUAUCGUCGUACGCUAUUAUAGCGUUGGCUAAGAAGGCAGGCAAAAUUAAGCAUUCUAUUAAUAUUUUGAAAGCGUUUCGCUUAAUGUGUAAUUUCGCACAUUAAACGCGACAGCACACAAGCACUGACGCGCGUUCAUAUUCAGCGCGCAGCGUAGCUAACGCGUCGCGCGGUUAAUCAAAGAAACGUGCCAAACAAACUGCUAAAAUAAUAGCAAAACGCUCGUGAAAAAGCAAUCAGUAAAUAGCAAACAUAAAUAGAAAGGUGACCGCGCCGUUUGUUUGCCGUUCGUACGCCUGAGCGCUGCGUACGCCUUCUGCAGACGCGCCGAUACGCGUUACGCUGCAGCGUUUACCUGUGCUGUCUGCUAACAAUCAAACAAGAAGAUUUUCACCUUUUUUUAACGCGCGUUCUUCGCUUUUGCAUCUUCUGCCGGUUUAUCGGUCACAUUGAUAUAUUGCCGUGUAAUAGUCGUGUAUUGCUGGCGGUCGCCGAGCACGUUGCUCAAAUUUAAUUAGACGCACACUUUUGUGUUAUGUGUUUUCGAUUAACGGCCCAACAUAAAGGCGACGUGUUGUGUUAAUUAUUUGCAUAGUGUUACAUCAAAGGCGUGUUGCCGACGACAUUACACCAACCAUACAUAAAUUAAAUUACAACAACAAAAUAUAAAAUAAAUUACAACAACAAUUACAAUAAUUAAAUCCCAUUAAAAAUAAGUUAAAUAUCGCCUACCAGGCGUUAAGCCAUAUUAAGCGCUCUAAAGCUAUACAACAACAACAGUAAGCAAGCAAAAAGUGUGCGUACCAAAUUUGUAUUUACUACCUUAUUCACAUACAUACACCUAUACACGCGCUAGUAUGGCCCACGCCGUCGAAAUUGCCGGCAAACGGAAUGCCACAAAGCCAAUAACAGCAGCAGCAGCGCAUAAAAAACAACAACUACGUCGACUAUUUCUGCUGUUGCAAGUCUGCAUUGCCGUUUUAGUGGCCAGCAGUUGUUUGGCAUUGCCAUCGGCGGCCGACGCGAAACAUCUCGACGGUCAUCAUUUUCAUGCUCAUCAUGAGCAACAACAACAGCAGCAUGCACAUCACAGGCGCCGCUUGCAGCGCGAUUCGACCAGUAAAAUUUUGAACACACGCGAACAGUGCAACAGUGUGCGGGAUUACUUCGAGGCGAUCGACAUUAAGCUGAGUGGCAACUUUGAAGAAAAAGGUGCCAUUUGUGGUGGGCACUGCUGUACGAAUGCAACCGAAUUGGAGCUGAGAAAGAAGUCCACCGGAGAAUUUGAACGUCUGUUGCAUCAUCACACCAAUAGUCUGCGCGGCAUACUCGAAUCUACGGCGAAUCUAUUUCAAAAACAUGUCCUAGACCUGGCAGAGCAAUCAGAGAAUAAGACACUUGCGGUCUUUUCACAAGUGUACCGGCGCAUGGUGCCACAAUCCAGCGAAUUGAUCCAUCAACUCUAUUCCGAAAUCAUGAACCAUUUGAGGAAUUCGAACAGCAACAGCAUCAACAGCGGUAGCGUCAACAAUCUGAACAAUCUGGAAGAAGCAAUACAAAAAUUCUUUGUGAAUCUCUUUCCGGUCGCCUAUCAUCAGGCAGUGCACUUGAGCAAAGAUAAUUACGGCGAAUUACAUGAGGAUUAUAUCAAUUGCUUGAAGCACACAUUCGACGAUCUGCAGCCGUUUGGCAGCAUACCACAGGAGAUCAAACGCAAUUUGUUGCAGAGUGUACAAACAGCGACAAUGUUCUUAAAUUCAUUGCAACAGAGCGCUGAGGUGCUGAGCGAAGCUGAUCAAUUGUAUUCGUUGUAUCUGAGCGACAACUGUCAAAAGCAUUUGCUCAAAAUGAGGCACUGUCCUAGUUGUAAUGGUUUGCAGAAGACACAAGUGAAGCCGUGCUACAGUUAUUGCAUGAAUGUAUUGCACGGUUGUUCGGCUCAAUACGCCGGCGUUUUGGAAGGCCCUUGGUCCAAUGUUGUGGAUGCGAUCCAAAAUUUAGUGACAACUCAUAUACGAUCUGAUAGUGGUAUUGUAACAACAAUUAAACAACUAGAUAUUAAGUUAUCGGAAACCAUUAUGCGUGCUAUGGAAAAUGGACCUAACCUAGAAAUGAAGGUUAAGAAAACAUGUGGCACACCUAAACUAUUACCCUCCCUCACUAAAGACAGCGAGCCACGCCCCCAAACUACACACAACAUUAAAUGGGCCUCACCACCAGACACGGAAAUUCUACGCUUCCAAUCUACAAUCGAUAAAUCCAAAGAAUUCUACGCGAACAUAGUCCACAAUGUGUGUGAAGAUGAUGACAUACAACGAAAUGAUCACAACUGCUGGACAGGCGAUCGUGUUGGCGACUACACGCAAUUGGUCAUGGCACAGGGUGUCGAUACGCAACGUUAUAAUCCCGAGGUGCCGUUGGAGGUAAAUUCGCAGUCAACGAAAUUGAACGAGUUGGUGGACAAAUUGAUCAAAGUGCGCAAAAAUAUUGGUGCAGCGGUACCUUCCACUCCACGUACAUACUCGGACAUACAAAGCGAUAUGGCGCGUCACGACGAGGAGGGCUCCGGUCACAUGCCCGACGACAUGGACGAUGAGGAGUAUGGCAAUCAGAAUGGCUCCGGUGACGGCUCUGGCGAUGGUGCCACCUCAUCGCCCUUCGAUCCAUUGGGCCCAACCGAGAUCACCAACAACGACAUACAGCCACGUCAAGAGAAUGCGGCGACGUGUCACAGCGGCCUUGGCAAACUGCUUGCCACCGCAGUACUACUAGUCCCGCUUGCAAGCUUUUUGCUGAGCAGCAGCUAA